GUCUGCUGACCAGAGCAUGGAAGACGGGGUUAUCUUAUCUUCGUCUGCGACUGUCAUUGGCGCUAGUUCAGGGCAUGGCUUUCGCCAUCAGUCGUCCGCGUUGCAUCAACAUGAUGCUUUUGCAUCUCACGUUCUUAGUACAACUACCACGUGCGCGGAUACAACUGCCGAUGCGAUAAAUCUCUCCACGGUGAUGUCGCCAAUUUCUCGGCAGAGCUCUCGCCUGUCCCCAGUGCGUCAUCGUGUUCCGACGGUCGAAGGAGAGGGAUCUGCGACAUGUCCAGCAUCUGCGCUAAGGGAGACACCAGGAGGAAGGGAUCUAAAGCAGAGUCCGGAAGGCAGAGGUACUACGGGAAGAUUGAUGGCUGUUGAGGUCGACGUCGACCAGGUGAAGACACGACUUGUCAAAGACCAUGUCCUCGAACCACCUGAUGUAGUUCCGAGUGCUGUUGGAUUUGCGUCAGGCACACGUACCGCACCAGAAGAGGUCGUUGUGGCCUUCGACGACAAGUUUCCGAAGAGCUUCUCUCCUAGCACAGCAGAGAGAACUAGUACAUCAGGAAACAAAGUUGCUCUUGAGGAUCAAAUUAAUAUCGAAGAUGAGGAGGCAGAUGAGGAGGAAGUUUCGUAUACUCUGAGUGCAGCGAGGCGGACAGUGGUUUUUUGGAUCUUUACGCUGACUAUGGCGAUGGUAGGGUCAUUAAACGCAGCUCUGAUGAUCCACAUGGGUGCAGUUUUCAAGAACUUCAAACCCUAUUUGUCUUAUGGCUCACAAUAACUCAUCUGAAGAAGCAUCUUCUUUGGUUCCCUUUUCCUUAACGGAACGAAGACACGUCAAAGAUGCACUUCAAGAUGGAUUUCUGCAACCUCUAAUUGUCCUAUUUUUACUUAGGAAUGGCCGCGGGCGGCGGCGUCGGGAGUGUGGUGGCUUCGAGUGCAGUUCAGAGGCGCAUCUCUUGGGAGGUAGAGAGACGACGGCGCGUGAAGAAAAACGAGCGUCAGACCACACGCAGAACAUCAAGUGAAGAGCAGCUUAAUAAAGUUGAUGGUGAAGCAGGAACCACGAAUAGGAGAACUGAUGAGGAAGGUGUUAUUAAGGGUAGGUUAAAGGUGCUUUUCUUACCGCUUUUUAUGCCUCUCCUAAGGGAGAAAGGCAUAAAAAGCGGGGUAAGCAAGCACCAAAAACCUACCUCUAAUGUUAAAUUUAAUGCUGAAGAAGCGGGAACAAUGUCCGCCACGAAGCCAGCUGGCAUGAGUUGUGUGCAAGUUGCUGCGUUGGUAAACUUCGCGAUGAUAGCUUGUUUUCUGUCCACCGCUUUGGGACUCUGGCUCUUCUUUGACCGAGAAACGGAAGAGCAUAGUGAAUCCCUCCACGUAGUCGUUGGGGAGGAGCGCGCUGACGAUUCUACCUUCCAUGUGGCCUCUCAAGAAUCGACAGGAGUCCCCUCUGACACAAGAUCAGGCAGCGACGACACACGAAGUCUCCUUUCACAAAGUCUCCUUUCACAAAAAGGCGCUGCAUUGAUGGAACUACUUGCGGACGGACCCUUGGUGGGGAGCGGCGGGAGCAUGAGCAGCGACAAUAGCACAAGAGACACCAUCUUCAAGAAUGGGAUUCAUACCAUUUCUCAUACUGCUGGAGCUUUGAAUUUGAUUAGUAGAGGGCGAGGGCUUUUUGGUGGUCGGGACGGCGACGAAGAGAGGGAGACAACUUCUAGUAGAGGCGCUGCUAGUGCUGCUACUGCUAGUCGUGCACACGCACCAUCGUCACCCACCAGUCACGACUUUCACGGUACCUCCACCGCCACCACAGAAGAACAUCGUCAAGCGUCGGCUACUACGCCAGCAACAAAAAGGGUCACAACGCCCACAGAGGAACAGCCGGGGACGACUAAGUUUCUUCACGGAGCUUGGGUUUUCUCUACAGGAGUUAUGCAAGGCGCGUCGACAGGACUUAACAACAUUCUGCAGACUACAGGACACGCGGUGGCAUUUGGACGGCGUCAUAAUGGAGCCAUCCAAGGAUUUGCGAAGUCCAUCAUGGUCGUCGGGAGCGCAACGGGACCAAUCCUGCUUACCUCGUUGCACAGGUUUUUCCUUAUGAUACCGUCAAAAUGAUUUUUAUGUAGCUGCAGUGUCUCUACUCGGGUCACAACGGAACCAGGCAGCUACAACUCGUAGUUGCUACGUGGUUCGAAUGAAUGAAUGAAAGAAAUUGUAGGUACCUCUCAGAAAGGUAGCAGGGUAAGCCACCGGAAGAAUUAUCUGACUUGGCAAUACAUUUAAUGAAGGUCGCCAAGAACCGCCUAUUUCACGUCGUAUGAACAGGAGCCGAAGUAGAAGAACAAUUACAAACCACUGUGCGUGUCGUAGAAUCUUACGUUUUGUAGAAUCUGACGUGUGCAUCGGCCCCAACAAGCCGUGCCGUUUUCUCUGCCUGUCUGAUGCUUGAGACACGUACUGCGCCCCAUGUGGUGGCCAGAGACUAUCUCUUUAGUCUCCCAAUCCCAAUCCAAUCCCCCGCGGUAUGCCUUCUUUCAUGUUGUGUACACAUUUCGUGCUUUCGUUGGUGGUGCUGAGCGUCUGGCCCCUGGUGCUUGGGGUACUCAGCGUUUGGUGGGAAGCCAAAUCAAUAGACGGAGACUCACGAAGAGAAGCACGUCGUGUGGCCCCUGUUAAGAGUGCAACUGCGAAGGAGUGAGGACCACAGGGAAAAGUUGGAUCGGACGUGUUGAAGAUCCAGAAAACUCGAAUAACUUGCAAUUGUGAUGAUGAAUAGCCUGCGAUUGCAAUUCGUACGGACUAUAAUUAUGCAUUGUGAAGAAAAAUCAGAAAACUUCUUGGACAAACUGCCUUAUGAUUGAAUUCAUAUCGCGCAUAAAAGAUGGCCCAUAUCACACUUGAGCAUGAUUCAUAUUAAUUCUUACUUGCAGAUGGACAUGCUAUAUGCCACGCUUUGCUCGUGGAACUCAUGUAUAUUUUUUCAGUUCUUGUAGGUUCAUGAUCCACCCAUCUACGUAAUGAUCUGUCGUAACUUGACACUGAAUUGCUCAACUAAUUCCCUUAUCUCAGGCCAUAUUGCACUGUUUCCUGGAAUUCAGUACUCCUCUUCUUUCAUCCUUGCACAGCUGUUUGAAUUAGUCCCAUUUCGGGUGUUCAUUUCCUCACUUACCCCAGAAGAGUUUUCCCUUUUCCUUUGUGCAGAGAACGUUCUUUCACAUGAUAUCGUGAAGCUAACCCUAAAAACAGCUUGUGUAGUAAACGGCAGACAUCUUUUUUGGGAGCAAAAAAUUUUAGGUUGUCGACGGUAACCAAAGCAACUGUUGCGUAUUUUUGCUAGGGGUCCGACGAGUACGGAUUAGCUUCUGUAUUGACGAAAUGGUUCGUGCAUUUAUAUCGAUCAAUGUCAUUGUGAGAUUGGUACUAUCAAUGUCCGCCUUAGGACUCUUGCAGCAUCAUGUGGUAUCUUCAAUCCAUAAAAAAAUGUACUUUUCAAGCAAUCACCUCCAAUUAUAGCGGAGUCCAACGUCACUGUUGCAGUUUCUUAGCUCGUCCCCUUUUGAAGUGGACAUCUCCG